UCCAAAUGGGCCAAAUGUCACUUCUACCCUCCCCUGUUUUCUACCCUUUCUUCCUUCUCCUCUGUUCCCUCCUCCCCUCUGCUCCCUCCUCUCCCCACCCCAACCCUGAACUCGUCGCCGAAGACGUCCACAGGAGUAUCAAUGCCUCCCGGCGGAACCUGGGGUUCUUCUCCUGCGCCACCGGCAACCCCAUCGACGACUGCUGGCGGUGCGACCCCAACUGGGACCGGAACCGCCAGCGCCUUGCCGACUGCGCCAUUGGUUUCGGCCGCGAGGCCAUCGGCGGCCGCAAUGGCCCCAUCUACGUCGUUACUGACAACACCGACGACGACCCCGAGAAUCCACGGCCGGGGUCCCUUCGUUACGCCGUCAUCCAGGACAAGCCCCUCUGGAUCAUCUUCCAGAGGGACAUGGUGAUCAGGCUGAAGCAGCAGCUGGUGAUGAACUCGUACAAGACCAUCGACGGGAGGGGCGCCGGAGUCCACAUUGCCGGCGGACCCUGCAUUACCGUCCACCACGCCACCAACAUCAUCAUCCACGGGAUUCACAUCCAUGACUGCGCGGCGGGCGAUGCCGCCGUCAUAAGGGACUCUCCGGAUCACGCGGGGUGGUGGACACCGUCGGACGGCGACGGGAUCUCAAUAUUCGGGGGGAAGGACGUGUGGGUGGACCACUGCUCGCUGUCGAAUUGCAAGGACGGGCUGAUCGACGCCAUACAUGGGUCGACGGCGAUCACCAUUUCUAACAACUACAUGACUCAUCACGACAAGGUGAUGCUGCUGGGACACAGCGAUUCGUUUCUGGAUGACAAGGACAUGCAGGUCACCAUUGCCUUCAACCAUUUCGGUGAAGGUCUCGUCCAAAGAAUGCCCAGAUGUAGGCAUGGGUAUUUUCAUGUGGUGAACAAUGACUACACUCACUGGGAAAUGUAUGCCAUUGGUGGAAGUGCUUAUCCUACUAUCAACAGUGAAGGCAACAGGUUUCUUGCACCAAAUGAUGAAAACAAAAAAGAGGUGACGAAACAUGAGGAUGCACCAGAAAGCGAAUGGAGAGAGUGGAACUGGAGGUCGGAGGGGGACCUAUUUUUGAACGGUGCAUACUUCCGACAGUCGGGCGCCGGCGCGUCUUCCAGUUACGCCAGAGCUUCCAGCCUUAGUGCAAGGCCUUCUUCGCUUGUUGGUUCAAUCACCACCACCGCCGGUGCGCUUACUUGCCGGAAAGGCUCUCGUUGCUAACGCAACCAAGGCUAAAUGAAUAAUUAGCUCUUAUGUGUUGAGAAAGGGAGAAGAAGAGGGUAACAAGUUAAGGAUCAACUAAUUAAUAGAAAGUGUUUUAAUAA